CUCGGCCCGGGUAGAGCGCCUGACGCAGCGCGGACAGCACCGCGCCUAAGAACGCCUACAUGAGCGCUGCGUCGGUCCGCCUCAGCGUGGACGGGAUGACCUGCCUCCACUGCGUUGGCACGGUACAAAAGGCCUUGGAGGGCGUCGGCGGCGUGCGACGCGCCGAGGUGGAUCUGGCGAGCGGCGUCGCGCGCGUCGACGCGGACGCGGACGCGCCGCUCUCGGCGCUCGUCGCCGCCGUCGAGGCCGUCGGCUUCGGCGCCGCGGCCGCGUCUCCCGAGACGGCGACGACGACGCUCGCGGUCCGCGGCAUGACGUGCGCGCGGUGCGAGGCCUGGGUCGCCGACGCGCUCCGGGCCGUGCCCGGCGUGGCCAAGGUCGCGGUCUCCGUCGCGGACGGCGCCGCGCGCGUCGAGGCCGCGUCCGUCUCGCGCGCGGCGCUCGAGGACGCCGUGCGCCGCGCGGGCUACGCGUGCGGCGCGGACGCGGAUCCGCCGGCGGAGCCGUCCCUCGAGACGCCGCUCCUGCCGCCGCCGCCCCCGACGUCCCCGACGGCCCCCACGCCCGACGCCGUCGCGCUGCGCCUGGCCGUCGACGGCAUGACGUGCGGCGCGUGCGCGGCGGCCGUGACGCGCGCGCUGCGCGGCGCGCACCCGGCCGUCGCCGCCGCCGCCGCGAACUGCGUCACGGACGAGGCGACGGUGCGCUGCCCCGCGGGCGACGUGGACGCCGUCGUCCGGGCCUGCGAGGCGGCGGUGGCCCGGGCCGGCUACGCCGUGAGCCGCGUCCACCGGGCGACGGGCGACGGCGACGCGGCGCGGCCGGACCGCGCCGAGGCCGUGUUCGUGGUGGGGGGCCUGGUGUGCGCGGCGUGCCCGCCGCGCAUCGUGCGCGCCCUGGGGCUGACGGCGGGGGUACUGGAGGUGGCGGUCGAGGUGCUGCUGGAGCGCGUCCGCGUCGCGUACGACCCGGCGCGCCUGGGCGCGCAGGACAUCGCGCGCAAGCUGCGCAAGCUCGGCUACGAGGCCGAGGUCGAGGGCGCGGCGAGCGCGAGCGACCGCGCGCUGGCCGGGGAGAAGGCGCGGCGGCUGGCGCGCGAGGCCGAGGUCAGGCGCUACGGGCGCGAGGCGCUGCUCGCGCUCGUGCUCGCGCUGCCCAUCUUCGUCGUCGUGAUGCUCCUCAAGCCGUACGGGCCGCGCGGCGUCGUCCUGGCGCUCGAGGCGAACGUGCUCGGCUCGAGGCGGCGGUACCUCGCGGCCGAGGCGCUCGGGUCGCUGCUCCUGGCGACGCCGAUCCAGUUCUGGCUCGGGGCGCGGUUCUACGCGGGCGCGGUCAAGGCGCUGCGGCGGGGCUCGGCGACGAUGGACACGCUCGUGGCGCUGGGCACGUCGGCGGCGUACGGGUACUCGUGCUACGCCCUGGGCGCGGCGUCGCACAACCGGCCCUGCUGCCGGAGCCACCGCACGUGCGCGAUGGACGGGCACUGCUUCCACGGCCACCACUACUUCGAGACGUCCGCGCUGCUGAUCGCCUUCGUCCUGCUGGGCAAGUACCUCGAGGCGCGCGCCAAGGGCAAGACGAGCCGCGCGCUCCGGGCCCUGCUCGAGCUCCAGCCCGCGCGCGCGGUGGUGCUCUGCGACGACCAGGCGGAGACGGUCGACGCGGCGGCGCUCCGGCGCGGCGACGUGUGCCUCGUGGCGCCCGGCCUCGCGGUGCCCGCCGACGGCGUCGUCGUGCGCGGCGCGUCGACGGUCGACGAGUCGAUGCUGACGGGCGAGGCGCGGCCCGUCCCCAAGAGCGCGGACCCGGAGCGAAACGCGGUCUACGGGGGCACCGUGAACCUGGGCCCGGGCGCGCUGCGCGUGCAGGUGGUGGCCGUGGGCGCCGGCCCGCGUGGAAAUCAACCAGCGUGUCGAGCGCGUUGAUACGCGGCCGUGCUGGCUCCGUCGAGCGGUGGGAACCGGCACCGCCACGCCAUCGAGCAGGCGUCGCGUCGAUGGCGUCGAGGCAAUGAUUCGGCAGUGGCGACGACGCGCCGCGACAAUUUGAUUUCCACGCAGGCGACGACGCCGUGCUCAGCCGCAUCGUGCGCCUCAUCGAGGCGGCCCAGGGGUCCAAGACGCGCGUCGAGGCCCUCGCGGACGUCGUCGCGCGCUACUUCGUGCUCGGCGUCGUGGUCGUCGCGUGCGUCGCCGUGAUCGUGUGGACGGCGCUCGCGGCGACGCGCGCGAUCCCGCGGAGCUGGUACGAGCGCGAGGGGCCGGCGCUGUUCGGGCUCCUGUUCGGCGUGGCGGUGCUGGUCGUGGCGUGCCCCUGCGCGCUCGGGCUGGCGACGCCGACGGCGGUCAUGGUCGGGACGGGCGUCGGCGCGAGGCUCGGGGUCCUGAUCAAGGGCGGCCGGCCCCUCGAGGUCGCGCGCGGCGUGACCUGCGUCGUCUUCGACAAGACGGGGACGCUCACGCGGGGGCGGCCCCAGGUCGUGCGCACGGAGCUCGUCGCGGAGGACGCCGCGGCGCUGCUGGGGUGCGCCGCGGACGACGUCGCGGACGCGGUGCGCGACGCCGUCGCGGCGGCCGAGGCGAACUCGGCGCACCCGCUGGCGCGCGCGCUCGUCGACCAGGUCGACGCGAAGCGCUUCGCGUGCGAGGCCUUCGCGUCGCUGGACGGCCGGGGCGUCUCGGCGUCGCUGCGCGCCGCGGACGGGAGGGAAGUCGUGCUCCACGUGGGCACGCGCGAGUUGCUCCGGGACUGCGGGGCCCGGGCCCUGGCGCCCGCGGUCGAGGAGCGCGCGCGGAAGUGGGAGGCCGGCGGCGCGACCGUGGUCUUCGUCCACGCCGGCGCGUCGCGCCGGGUCGGCGCCGAGGCCGGGAACGGGGCGGCGCCGGGCGGCGGCGCGACGGUGGCGUUCGUCGCGAUCGAGGACCGGGUCCGGGGCGACGCCGCGGCGGCGAUCCGCGGGCUCCGCGCGCGCGGGGUCGACGUCUACAUGCUGACGGGCGACACGGAGCGGUGCGCGGCGGCGGUGGCCAAGAAGUGCGGCAUCCCGGACGCGUUCGCGCGCGUGCGGCCCGACGGCAAGGCCGCCGUCGUGGCGCGGCUGCAGGGCGAGGGCCGCGUCGUCAUGAUGGUCGGCGACGGCGUGAACGACGGGCCGGCACUCGCCCAGGCGGACGUGGGCGUCGCCAUGGGCUGCGGCACGAGCCUGGCCGUCGAGGCCGCGGACGUCGUCCUCGUGCGGAACGCGCUGGCCGACGUCGACGCGGCGAUCCAGAUCUCGCGCGCGACCUUCGCGCGGAUCCGCUCGAACCUCUUCUUCUCGCUCGUGUUCAACGGGCUCGGCGUGCCGAUCGCCGCCGGUGCGCUCUUCCCGGUCCUCCGCGUGCGGCUGCCGCCCGAGGUCGCCGCGCUGGCCAUGGCGCUUAGCUCGUUCUGCGUCGUCGCGUCGUCCCUCUCCCUCAACACGUUCCGGCCCGCGCCCGGCGGCGGCGCCGCGGAGACCGGAGCGCCCGCGGCCGAGCCGCGCGUCGUCGUCGGGGCCUGAGGUCCUUGUGUACAUAGUCAUUUGUGUUUCUUUGGCACCACGUGAGAUGGCGCGUUCUUCUUCUUCCUGGU